CAUGUAUCUUUGAAUGCUUAGAUUUAGUUCUUCUUCCUCUUUUGAUUAUUUAUCUUUUUUUCUUUUUAUAUUCUUAUUUGUUGUUCUUCAGAAUUUUCUUGUUUUGUUAAUUUCUGUUUUUCAUGUGGAAUAGUUUUUUCUUCAAAUUCAUUUAUCCUGAACCCAAACCGAUAAACGGGCUACGACUUUAAACAUGAUGAUGGAUCUUCAAGUUCACGGUAACUUGACUUUUCUCGCUUUUCAUUUAUCUUUUUUUUGUGAUUCUUCAAUAAGGAAACUGGUUCAGGAACCUCCUUGGGUUUUAAUCAUCAUCUUAUCUUCAUCUUAUGUUACCUGUUGAUUAUAAUGAUAAUGAUGAAGAAGAAGAAGAAGAUGAUGAGGAUGAGGAUAAGGAGCCCCAUCAUCAAGUAGUUAGAGUAACAGUACUUCCUAGUGACCGGAUAAAUUAACAUUCUGACAAAUUUCUUGUUUCUUAUUUUGUCUCAUUCAUUGAGAUUCAGUUUAAUUUAGUGUCUCUUUACAAAUACUUGAUUUACUUAUUUAUUUAGUUAGUUAGUUGACAAUUUAUAUUUGAGAUUUGAUUUGGAAUAAAAUUCAAGAGAAAAUGAAAGUCACCGGUAUUGUCUUAAUUUGUUCAGUUUUUUUCAUUGGUUUUGUAGUUGGUGAUAAUUCAUCAUCAUCUCCAUCAUCUUCAUCACUUCAAUCAUCUCAAUCUCAAUCUCCAUCUUCAUCUGUUUCCACAACCAAACUUGGUCGAUUCGAACAAAGUAAAAAAGAUAUUCAAUCGUUCAUUUCAACUCGAAAUCUAUUCAAAACUGUAAUUAAAUUAUUAUUCGGAUCAAGUGAAGAAAGUGCAGCGACAUCAAGACAAGUUCUAAAUGUUCUCGUACAAGCUCUUGAUUUGAUUCGCAACUCAUUCAGUCAAAGAUCACGAAGUUCAUCCAGAGGAUUCAAAGAAGCCGUUGAUGAUGCGUCGAUUGCUGGAGUUACCAUGUUACGGGGAUACGUCAAGUCGGUUCUUUCGAGUGAUGAUGAUCAAUGUGCUCAACGACAUUUAUGUGAAUCGUCAAAAGAAGCGAUAAGAGAAGGACGUGAACUCGGUUAUAUUGUUUCUCAGGUCGGAGGUUAUGCUUCCAGUUAUUUGUUACAACAACAAAAGUCAAUUCCAUCGACAUCAAGUUAUGAGGCUGUUCGAAAAGGUCGCAACAAUGAAGAUUGUGCCAAAGUUUAUUCCAAUUGUAAUGAAGCUGAAUGAUUAUCUUAUUAACUUAUUAACUUAUUAAAUAUUAUUUAUUCUGUUGUUACAAAACAAA